GUGAACACAUGUACAUUCAUUACAUUAUAUAUGGUUCAAAGGCUCAAAGCUCCCUUUGACAGUUGUAUGUGUCUUUAAAGAUAGAAACCUCUUAUUUUUUUCUGAACAACCGAUAGAAACCUCAUUCUCAUGAUCUCAUCUCCUUCUUUCUUCUUCAAGGUAGCCUCCAAAGCAAAAAACGAAAGAAGCUAAUCUCUUGUCUGGUCAUAACUUCACAAGAAGCUACAGCUUGUCCUUAAUGUUGGCUUCUUCUUGUCACUUUCUUCGUUUCUUUUUCCUCUGAAACACAAAAAAAAAAAGAAAAAAAAGAUCGUUAAAACCUUAACAGAGUAAGAAGAAGACAUUGGUAACUGCAAAAUCAGAGUAUAUGAAAGUAUUGUGAAAGUUCUUUUUGAGAUAAGGGCUAAGAAGAAGAAGAAGAAGAUAUGUCUGCAAAACUUCUGUAUAACUUGUCAGAUGAGAAUCCAAAUCUGAAUAAACAGUUUGGAUGCAUGAAUGGCAUCUUUCAAGUGUUUUACCGGCAACAACAUUAUCCGGCGAGACCAGACUCCGUCGCCGGAGACGUAGAAAAGUCUUUGCCUCCAGGAGAAAUAAAAGAACUUGUCCGUGAAACUAACAUGGAAAGUGAUAAAGAAACGGAGAGGAUUACCAAGAAGAAGAAGAAGAAGUCUGCAGUAAAGGAUAAGCAUAGAGUCUCUUCUGAAUCCUCUUCACGGCCUUCUUUUUCAUCUUCUCCACGCUCCUCGAGCUUCUCAUCUGCAGAAGUCAGUACCGCAGCUUCUCAAUUCGAUCAGCCUGGUGAGAAUCUGACCAGAGAACAGCUCAAUGCUGGACCAAUGUUUGAUAUAAAGGAGCUUGUGAAAGGCUCUAUUAAUAGAGAAGUGAGAACCAGACGUGAAGAAACAGCACCCUUCACUCAGCAGCAGCAGCAGCAGUUGAAUUCAGCUAAGGCUAGCCUGUUGCAAUCACCAUCUCGGAGUUCUAAUGAGUGGAAUGAAGGUAGAUGCAUGGCUGCUAAGUUAAGGGAGAGUCAUCGGCUUUCUUAUGAUGAGAGGGAGAUGAGAAACAAUGGAUACAAGACGGGUUCGAAGUUGAAAGAGACACCAAGGUUGUCGUUGGAUAGUAGAUCAAGUUGUCCACCAGAGGAACCAGUAACAGUGAGUCACAGGAGAUCAAAUUCAAGUGUGGUUGCUAAACUGAUGGGACUUGAAGUCAUUGCAGACAACUUUGAUACCGAGCAGAGAAACGAGAACCGGUUCUGCGACUCCCCAAGGCCAAUAAUGUCCCGAGUAGAACAACCAACAUCUCUACAGAGAUCUAGAAGCGUUGGCUCGAUCAAGAAGAUACCUGCUUCUAAGUUUCCAUUGGAACCAGCUCCAUGGAAGCAAACGAAAGCAGGCGACUCUGCACCAACCGUUUAUGGCGAAAUUCAGAAGAGGCUUACGCAGUUGGAGUUCAAAAAGGCGGGAAAAGAUCUCAGAGCUCUUAAGCAAAUACUUGAGGCUAUGGAGAAGACACAGCAGUUGCAGAACACUCACCAGCCAGUUCCAGCUGCAACAAGUCCAGCCAUGAACUUCAAACCUGCAUCAGUUGUUCUAAUGAAACCGUCUGCUCCAGUUUCCAGCUCUCCUACCUUGCCAAAUGUCAAUGUUGGCAGCCCCAGACAAAUUCGAAAAGUCACCUCCGGGAAGCAGAACGCGAUGGACUUAACCCCAAGGCCAGGCCUUUCCAAGAGCCAGCUAGAUUCUACCAAGAGCACUAGCCCAAAGACAGUGAGGUCGAGGCAAGCUUUGGUGGCGGAUUCUUGCUCAAAUACCAAGUCAGGUAGGAGCCAACAGCAAAACGUUAGCCCAAGAAGGCAGCCCAAAAAGCUCGGGUUUGAGAGGCAGUCGCCACCAACUACUCCAAAAUCAGAGCCAGGCAAGAUUCAAAGGCAGUUAGGUAGACAGCAAAUGGAGUCAGCAUCACCGAGAAGGAAACAGGACAUUAAACCUCGCAGUACUUUUCAGCAACCUGAGGUUACAAGCAGACAUCGGCUGGAGACUCCAGAGCUGCACACCCCAAAACAAAGGAGUCCAGACUUUGGAAGCAAACAAGAAAGACCAUCUCUUAAACCUCUGAAAGUUACCGUUGAACAACCAAGCCCCGUCUCAGUUCUUGAUGCAGCCUUUGACGAAGAGGAUUCACCGUCCCCUGUGAGGAAGAUAUCUCUUAGCUUUAAAGAUGACGAUACUCUACGUUCUGAAGAAUCUAUGUGGAUAAAGAAGCCUGCUGGCGUCUGCAGAUCCAUACUAUUGUCUGAUAAUAACCGGAAUCCAACACAGCCAGACUCUAUUCUCCUCAAAUGCUUCCCUGAAGAAGAAGCAAACUUCAAAAGCGCCGACCACAAGUACAUCUCGGAGAUACUGUUGGCAUCAGGGCUUCUAAGAGAUCUUGAAUACAGCAUGAUAACCAUUCAGCUCAACAAAGCACGCCUCCCCAUCAACCCUGGACUCUUCUUCAUCCUGGAACAGAACAGACACAGAGGCAGACAACAGCAGACAAAUCAAGCUGAGAAAAUCAGGAGAAAACUCAUUUUCGAUACAGUUAAUGAAAUUCUAGCUCAGAGGUUCACUGCAGAAGGCUGUACCAAACCACGUCUAACAGCAAAUCCAGUUACAGCAAUGGAGAAAAUAUCAAAAGGGGAGCAACUUCUGAAGACGCUGUGUUUGGAGAUUGAUAGGUUACAACAGAACAACUCACAGUGUAUCUUGGAGGAUGACAAAGAAGACCUCAUAUGGACCGACCUGCAAUGUCAAAGCAUGAACAUGAAGGAGUUUGGAGGUGAGACUCCAGGGAUAGUGUUAGAUAUUGAGAGGAUGAUAUUCAGAGACUUGAUUAAUGAAGUUUGCUUCUGUUAAUUUUUUAUGUAUGUUACUUAAGAAUUGUAAAUGAAGUAACCUUACAGAGGAAGAGAACCUUUGGUUUCUGGGUUUUCAACCCUUUUGCAUGUUCUCUUCCUACUAUUUGUUUGUGUAACCAGCUUAUAUAUAUAGGUCUAGUUAAUAAAUAACAAGUGCUAAGAACAUAGUUAUUGUCAAUCUUCUCUUUUCUCCAUCAUUUUGAAUUAGUAAAAAUUUCUUACCCUAUAG